UUAAGUCAUUAACACAACAAAUUUUGAGGUAUUUGUUACAACAUGGAAAAGAAAGGACACUUUCAUCUAUUCGCAGCAUUGUCUGAACGCGAUGUCAGUGAUUUCAAUCAGUUGAUGGAAUGGAUCAAGACAUCCGCGACGAGUCCGCGCUACACUCGACUGCAGAAUUUGGGCAAUGGUGUGGUCUUUUGUCGUUUGAUGGCCAAAAUCUGUCCGGGCUCAUUGGCCAGCGUUCUGAUCAUUAAUCGGCCAGCAAACGAUAACGAUUCCUUACAUAACUAUAUGCUAUUGGAGGCAGCAUUUGGCAAGGCCCACUUGCCCUGGACUUUUGAUUCACGGAAACUGAUAGCUAGCAACACUUUCGAGCUGCUUAAGUUGGCCAAAACCCUGACCCAUUUUCGUGACGUUUGCAAAAAUCGGUUGCAGUAUCAGCAGAGGAAAUUAACGCCGCGAGCAAAUACUUAUCGCCCUUCCCGUUGUCCAGCUGGGGAGUUGGAUAUGCCACAACAUUUGACCGAGUCGCAACAGCCCUCCGUUGUGUCCAUUAAGGAGCACUUGGAGGCAGUGCAGCAACAGCUUCUCACAAGCCAAGACAAGCCACAGUCAGCUGCUGGCCAUGUGGAGUCGCAGCUGAAACAGCAAAUUCAAGCACUUUUUAACAGUCAACAGGUCGCUGUGGCAGCUUUCAUAGCCAAGAAGGAGCCUCUUGCCACUGCUCCUGCCACCAAGGAGGCAACCAUCGUAUUGUGUCUGUGCAGCAACUGUGUAAACAAAAGGAAGAACUUGGCCAUCAUAGACACCAAUUAAAUCAACAAAAACUAACGAAAUAAUCUAAUUGAAACUAGAAAUGAAAUAAAAUCAAUAUUUAGUCAGCUAAGGAUUUAA